GUGCAGGUUCGUCUCGGGCGCUCGCCCCGAUUCUCUCCCAACGCGGAAGCCUCUGCCCGGAACAGAAGGGGCCCCGCAGGGAGGGGCCGAGCCCGGGGCCCGAGUAUGGAGCCCGUCUCUCUCUGGACUUGCCAGACGGUGCUGGCUUGGAUCCGAGGUUUGGAUCCAGCAUUACAAGGUUACCCAGUGGAGGCGUGGGAGUUGACCGGGAAGAGGCUGCUCCGGUUAUCCUAUCGGGAUUUGGAGAAUCUGGGCGUGAGCUGCAUCGGCCACCAGGAGCUCCUCCUGGAAGCUGUGGAGCAGCUUUGUGUUUUGAACUAUGAGCUCACCACCUCCAACCUGAGGACCCUUGCCGAGAAGCUGCAAGGGAUCAUUCGGACGAUCGAAGUCUGCAUUCUGAGUCGCAGGAAAGUGAGCACUUAUCACGGAGCGACAACCGAAAAGUCCAGCUUGGAUCUCCUGGCAUCUGUGGUGGAGCUGAUCAGUGCUGCUAAAGGCCUCUUUUUAUGGCUGAACAGGUACCUCUUCUCCCACCUACAUGAUUAUUCAGCCAGCCGAGACAUCAUUUGGCUUUGUGGUGAUCUGGCAGAGACUGUGCAGAAGGAGUGCACUGUAUCUGAAAGAGAGGACCGAAUUUUGCUAAUCGGAAGACACAUUUCUGGAAUCUGUGAGCAUAUUUUACACUGCAGCCCAGCAAACCUCCUGGAUCAAACAGCCAUCUUGGAAACGGUGGAACUUGAACCUGCAGGUCCAGAAGAUAAUUUGGGCCUAGAGAUUAAGUCCUUGCCCUCCUGUCUCCAUUUGAUAUCAGGGACUGCCCGAGAGAUUCCGGUCGACCAGUACAGCAAGGUCUUCCCAGGCGAUGAAAUAGUCCAAGUCAAUGACCAGGUGGUGGUGGGGUGGACCCGGAUGAAUCUCGUGAAGAAGCUUCUGGAAUCCAGUCGAGUGACGCUGGUGCUGAAGAAAAUCCCACUGGUUUCCUCAGAGUCUUUAGGAUCUCCUCUUCACCAGCAACAACCACAGGCUUUCUUAGAAGACCUGAGCUCAAGAAGCGAUGACUCUUCAGCCAGCUCUGCGUCACCAACAUCCAGCAUGACGGCUGAGUUCGAGGGAACCCAGAAUUCUGUGCUUGAUCUCCCCACCGCUCAGGAGGAACCGAAGGGAAUUGAUUGCAGGCAUCCUGUGGAUAAUAUCUGUGGACUGGAAGAAGUCCUUUCUGGAGCAGAGGCAUUGGCUGACCCUGCUCUGGCAAAGCAGGACUUUGGAGCAGAUUUCAUGGGACCUAAAUCUCCAGGUGCUGCUGUCCCUUCCACUCCCAAGAAGCAAGAGCAUCAAUUGGGAAACUCUGCGAGACAUGAGAAUGGAUUUGUCAGAGGGCAACAGGGGCUGGCAUCGGCAGAUUCCAAAGAGGGCAGCACUGAAAUUCGACGGAAGCAGAAAGGCGUCACUACCCGAUUAAGUCGACGACGCAUCUCCUGCCAGGAACUGGGACAGGUGGACUGUGACGGUUGGCUCUUGAAAAAGAAGGACCACGUGGGCUUCAUGGCCCAGAAAUGGAAACGGUUUUGGUUUGUGCUGAAAGGACACAACCUUUACUGGUACAGCAACCCCAAUGAUGAGAAGGCUGUGGGAUUGAUCAAUGUGUCUGCCUACAGAUUGGAGAGCACCAAGGAACAGAAGAAGAAAUAUGUUUUCCAACUCACCCAUGAGAAGUACAAGCCCUUCGUCUUUGCAGCGGAAACCCUGGCUGAUCUGAGCAUGUGGGUCAGCCGUUUGAUCACAUCAAUGACUAAAUAUACAGUGUCCCGUAAACCUGGACCAUCUAACCAAGAAGAUUGCUACAGUGAAACAGAAGCAGAAGAUCCUGAGGAUGACUCUCCUAGGCAUAGCUUUGAUCAGACAAAGCAGAAGGAAUUGGAGAAAGCUCAGUUGCCAUCAGGGGCUACUGGGAGUAGCCAAAACCUUCUGGGCAGCCCAGUUUUCCAGGACAACGUAGAUGAGAAAACAGCAUCUCCUUCUUCUCCAGAUCCAGCAGAAGAAGAACUUCAGUCACUGAUCAAGUGUCUGAAACAAGGAGGAGUAUCACUUAUUGGGAAACAGCAGGUGUUCACUCGUGAAUAUUACCGGAAAUCGUUUGUCAAACGUAACAAGAACCCAGAGAUCAACGAGAAAGUACAUCUGGUCCGGACACUUCAAAGCACACUCAAGGCCAAAACUGCAGAGCUCCAAUUACUUGAUAUUCUACUCGAGGACACUGAACUGAACUCUGAGAAAUUCAGGAGCUGGAAAGAACAACAUCAGGAGUUAUACCAGGAAAUACAGAUGUGGUGGGCUAAAAAACUGGACCAAGACAAUGGCUCAAUAGACUCAAGUUUCGACCUCAACUUGGAGGCAGCUGCAGAUCCGUAGCAUCUGUUGGACCUCUGCCCAGUGAGCUAAUAAUGUCCUUCCCCCAGCUCCACUUACACAACACCAGACAGAAGUGCAGUUUUGUCGUUUCUAAAUUUUGGAUAGGAAUGUUUUACGACAAGCUUCAUCUUUAAGAGGGCAUUGGGAUUACGGUUGGGUUGGUCUAAAAGUUUUAUACGGACAGCAACAAUGGCUCCAAAUGAUUCUCUCAUUUUAGAGAGAUGGAUUACAAAUAUGGUGGCAAUUGAGAAAGGAUUGUUGGCUUUUUAUGUAACGAUGGAUAUUUCCCCCACUGCAAAAUAGAAGACCAACGAAGGAGAAAGUGGCUUUGGGUGGCUAAGCAUCAGGGAAAGAGCUGGCAUUGACUAGCACGGACUUUGUGCCCUUCAGAUUUCUUCAAAACAAGCCAUUUCCUCCAACGUCUUUCAAGAUGAAACUUUCCCUUGACUAUAUAUAGCAACCGAGAGACUCCAGUUUGUGGUUUUCAAUAAUGAUAGUUUAUAUUGACAACCAACUUGCAUUAGAAGCAGGAUUACUGUAAACAUGUAAGAAAUGAAUUAUAUAAACAAAUGUUACAAUAUGUUUCUAAAGGUUGUUUAAUGGGUUCACCCCCCUUAUUUUCAUUUUUAAAAUGACCAUUUGCCAACAAUCCAGCUGCAAUACAACAGAAUGAAUAGCAAUAAUAAUAACACUUAGUGUUAGAGUUAUAUACUGCCCCAUAGCGCUUUUCAGCGCUCUUUUUAAGUGGUUUACGAAUGUCAGCAUAUUGUCCCCAACAAUCUGGGUCCUCCUUUUACUGACUUUGGACGGAUGGAAGGCUGAGUCAACCUUGAGCCCCAUGGAACUACAAGCUGUGGGCAGAGUUAGCUUGCAAGACUGCAUUCUGACCACUGCGCCACCAGGGGCGCAGUGGGCAAGGUUUGUUAACUCAGAAUUAUUAACUGUUUAAAAUAUUCAUGUUUUGUUUUGUUUUUUACAAAAUCCUUGCAGUUACUGAAAAAUACUCAGCCCUUCAGAGGGUGUGUUUUUUUUAAGUGAAUUAUAUUAUAACACCACAAACUGUUUUUCCCCUAAAUGUAUCAAUGGUCUCUGGUGGCCAGUCACGUGCCAGUCACGUGCCAGACACGUGCCAGUCAAGGUCUCUGCUGAUUCUCCAGUCCAAUCUAAAUAAAGACAUGUUCCAAGAUGAGAGCUAUCCUUUGUUGCUCUGGGGAUUGGUACUGUUUGCAAGAGCUCUGUAUGCCAUGUAAUGCAGAGAUACAAGACUCCAGAAAGCAUGAGUACAAACCUCUUGUAAGGCAGUACUUUGGCUGAUGAGAUCACCAGGGGACUCCCAAGUGAGUAAGAACAUAACCCAGGAAACCAACCAGCAUUGAAAGAAAGAGUCCAAGUCUUUCAUCAUCUGAAACUGCCAAGAAAUGGCCUUUUUCUCUAGGAUUGGUUGGCAUUCCUUGGAUUGUAUACUGGUCAUGUCUAUGCAGCUCUCCCAAAGGCCAUUAUUGAAAGAGACAUCUUGAGGGAAAUUCACGCCACUGUGGUGUUACAGUAUCAGCCAACAUCAGGAUCCAGCCCAUGGGAGCAACCACUAGUCUGAAUACUAUGGCGCUGCUUGUCAUAUUAGCUGAAAACUGGGGAAGGUAUGUCUUCUAAGAUCUAAGAGGAAAAGAGUAAGUGAUGCUUCUAAAAGAGCAAAAUGACCCUUUCCUACUAAAGAACUUCUUUCAAUCUUGCUCAUCUCCUGAUUUGGGACUAAGGUUAGAAUCCAAGGGGUUAUCAUUAAGUGUUGUACCUUAGAAUUCUUGAUGAAGGUAUCUUUUCUUUUAUGUACACUGAGAGCAUAUGCACCAAAGACAAAUUCCUUGUGUAUCCAAUCACACUUGGCCAAUAAAAAAUUCUAUUCUGUUC